UCACAUAUCUGUCAUGUGUCAAUGUCAUCAAAAUAAUAACAUAACCUCACAUACUUCGAUAAGAAUUUAAGAUGUUAAAAAGUAGAAUUUUUAAUUACAUAACCAAAAACUUUUCUUCGCAAAAAGUUACAAAUAAUGUUUGCCAUCAAAACUCUUUUGAGACGGUAUAUUCAUUUCCGCAAAUUAAAUACAUAGCAAUUAUAAACAGAUUGAAAGUAUAUCACCUUUUGGGUUCAGGCGUAGCAAUACCUAGUUGCGGCUUACUGGAAUUGUGUGAUAUUUUGUCGAGCAAUUCGUUUCUCACAGCAUCAUACAUAGGUGUUACUGGAGCUGCAGUAUUGUCACUGGCAAGUCUUCCAUUUCGGAAUUUGAUAGGAUUUCUAUAUAUAAGUGAAGAUAAUAAAUUAAUAAAAAUUUCUUCACUAGACUUCUGGGGGCAGCGAAAGGACAGAAUAAUCAAUGCAGAUGAUUGGAUACCAUUAUAUGACAUGCCACCAAAAUUCACUGACCAACUAUAUCGCACACCAAAGCUAUCUGAUGGCACAAAAUAUAAACUUGUUAUGAAAUAUGGUAAAAUAAUCAAUGCCACAAAAGUAGGACAAGUUUUAGAGUAAAGUACAAACAUUUAUGCUAAGUAAGGGUUAUUUAUUAAGGGAAUAGAAAGGACAAAAAAAACAAGCAAUAAUAAUGCAUCAUGUCAUUCUAUUCCUUAAAUAUUACAAUAUUGUGAAUUUUUAAAUAUAAGAAAUUUAGAUUAAAUAGAAUGGAAAUCAA